CCGACAGCAGAGUACGCAGCCUGGAACCACAUAUUAGUACCUAACCAUCACGAUAACGACCACUCUAAGAGGCGAACCUCCCCUCCCCUCUCACUCCUCCACUUCGCGGUCAAAUACAGUCCUGUCCCACCCGACGAUGUCGCAUCCCCGGGACUUGCUGAUUCCCAGACUAGCACAGCAGGACUGGGGCUGACCACCGUUACACCCGUGCUCGCCGACUUCGUAUCGGACGAGUCGCACAGUGGCACGGCCGUCGCAACCGGCCUUUGACGCGCAGUCAUCAAGGGGCCGCGCCUCGCUGAUACCGAGACAGCCUCAUUUCUUGUCCAAUCACUACCAUAUCAUGGCCGGCCACCCGACUUCCGCGUAUAAUGCGGCCGUGGACGAGUUUCGCCAUCGGGAAUUCCCCAUGCUACGGGGUGAGUCGUUUCCCAUUCCUCCUCUCCCAAAAGCCCCCUCAAAGCGCUGUGUGACCGUGCUCAACAAGCAAGCAGACUCCGUCUACCUCGACCAUGCUGGGUCCACGGUAUGCGCCAAGUCCUUGAUGGACUCGUUUGCUGCCGAACUGUCUUCGGUUUUAUACGGCAAUCCUCACUCUGCGUCCUGGCCGUCUCAGCUCUCCACCACACGCAUUGAGGAUAUACGGCUGCGGCUCCUCGGCUUCUUCAAGGCUGACCCGGCCGAGUAUGACCUCGUCUUUGUCGCCAACGCCACAGCCGGCGUGAAGCUAGUUGUGGAGGCAAUGCGCUCGCUGCCGCAUGGUUAUGUCUACGCGCACCACCAGGCGUGUCACACGAGCUUGGUGGGGGCACGCGAGGACGCACUUCAUGCCGCGUGCCUCGACGACGAUGGAGUCCAGUCAUGGAUCCAAGGGCAAGACCCGUUCCAUGACGUCGCCGCCGAAUCGACAGCGUUGUUUUCCUUUUCCGCUCAGUCUCAUAUGAAUGGACGACGCUAUCCCCUGUCUUGGGCCAAACGUCUCAAGGACCAGGCUGCGACAGGCUCGCGGCAACUAUAUACCCUGCUCGACGCCGCCUCGCUGAGUGCAACCUCGCAGCUGGACUUGGGGGCUCCUGAGCUCGCUGCCGACUUUAUCGUUCUCAGCCUGUACAAGAUAUUUGGGUUUCCGGAUGUCGGCGCGCUCAUCGUGCGACGCUCCGCCGAAGCUGUCUUUGACCACCGUCGGUACUUUGGCGGCGGCACCGUCGACAUGGUGGUCUGUGUCAAAGAGCAAUGGCAUGCCCGGAAAGCCCAGUUUCUUCACGAGCGCCUGGAGGAUGGGACACUCCCGUUUCAUAACAUCAUGGCGGUCGAUGCCGCAAUGACGGUGCACAAGAAGCUCUUUGGCUCAAUGGACCGAGUGAGCGCGCACACGCGCUUUCUGGCGUCAAAGCUGUACAAGGGACUACGCAGCCUGCAGCACGGAAACGGUGUUCCGGUUUGCGCUUUAUAUACUGAUUGUCCAGAUGCGUUGGAGUCACCACCCACGGGACCGAUUGUAUCAUUCAACCUUGUCAAUAGUGAUGGGGGCUGGGUAAGCCUCGCCGAGUUUGACAAAUUGGCCAUCCUUAAGGGAAUGCACGUCCGGACUGGCGGACUUUGCAGCCCCGGAUCGAUAGCCACGUCUCUUGGACUCGAGCCAUGGGAGAUGCGGAGAAACCUUUCUGCAGGAUUUCGUUGCGGAACCGAUAACGACAUCAUGGCUGGCAAGCCCACAGGAGUCAUCCGGGCCAGUCUUGGCGCUAUGAGCACCAUAUCUGACGUGGAAAAGUUCCUCGGAUUCAUGACAGAGUUCUUCGUGGAGCAAUCUGCGCCAAUACCUGCCACCGUGUCGCCACAACGCCCAGCCAAGCAUGCGGCUCCCCUACGAGUCAAAGCGAUUACAGUCUACCCAAUUAAAAGCUGUGCAGGCUUCAAUGUUGCCGUGGGCACGCGCUGGGAGGUCAGACCCGAGGGCUUGGCUUGGGAUCGUGAGUGGUGUUUGGUACAUCGAGGGUCGGGCCAGGCUCUCAAUCAGAAGCGGUACCCCAAGAUGGCGCUGUUGCGGCCGUAUCUGGAUUUCCACCGAGGACUUUUGCGCGUCGAGCACCAGGAACCUGGACAGAAAGAAGCGUAUCGGUUUGUGGAGAUUCCGCUGUCUGCGAAGCCCGACCUGUUCGACAAGAGAUCCCACCAAACAUCAUCACGAGUUUGCGGCGAGGAGAUAUCAGCCCAAUCUUACAGCUCAAGCGAGAUCAACGACUUCUUCGCCGACGCCCUGGGUGUGCCUUGCGUGUUGGCAAGAUUUCCAGCGGGAGGCAGGGGCUUGAGUAGUCGGACGACCAAGGCUCGUAUGCAGAAGUACCAGCGCCCGUGCAAGACGAGGCAACCCCUGCCUGGUGCGUUCCCUGAUAUUCCAUCACCGCCGGACUCAGACUCGGAGCAGCAGCAGCUUGGGCGAAUUUUGCUGGCCAACGAAAGUCCAAUGCUACUUGUGCACAGCUCGAGUGUCGUUGCCUUGAACCAAGAGAUUGAGAGGCGCGGUGGUGAAGCAGUCUCAGACGCGACAUUUAGGCCAAACGUGGUCAUUGAGAGCCUGCCGGAUCAACCAGGCGAGCCGGCAUAUUCGGAAGAUUCUUGGGACGGCGUCCGAAUUGGCGACCAGGACUUCAAGUUCCUUGGGGCCUGCAGGAGGUGCCACAUGGUUUGCGUCGACCAGGUGACGGCAGAGAGGAGGCAGGAGCCCUUCUCAACGCUGGCCAAGACAAGGAGAUUCGACGGCAAGGUGUAUUUCGGCUCGCACAUGCGGCAUGAGAAGGCCAAGGGGCAUGGGGUCGCAAGUCAGCUGCCGAUGAUUAUGGUCGGAGACUCGGUCUCCGUGUACGAUGAGGGAUUCCCAUAAACUUAUCUAUGGCCGCAAGGCCUUGCCUAAUACGAAUCAUGACAAGCAUUUUCGUUAUUGCAUUGAGACUUCCCAUAGUGCUCCGUCUUUUCGGCGGCAUCUGCC